AAAAAACUUUUUUAUUUUUAAAAUAACAUAUUAUUAUUUAAUUAUUGUCAUUUUAAAAAAUUGCUAACAUGAGUCUAUUAUUUUUAGUUAUUAUAUUUGCUACAAUCCAUCAAGGUUUAUUACUAAAGUGCUACAUUUGUGAUUCCAGGACAAAUAAAAAUUGUGCAAUUAUCCCAAAAGAAAUGGAGUUAAUGGAUUGUUCAAUUGAUAUAAUUCCAAAAACUUAUUCAUUUAUUUUACCUAGUCAAUUUGAUCAAAUUGAUAAUCAUUCAAACAAAUCUGACAGUCAAGAAGAUAUCAUUUUUUCAAUAACAAAAAAUUUGAUAUUAAAAGACGAUGAGUUUAUUCCAAAAGCGUGCAUAAAAUUCACUGAUAAAAUUUAUAAAUUUAGAGUUUGGGGCUGUAUAUUUCGCAAAGACAUUGAAUCAAUGUGCAGUCAUACUGAUCACAAUUAUUCAUGUCAAUCUUGCAUAAAUGCUGAUGGAUGUAAUUUAUAA